AUGCAAGAAAAAAAGUCUUCGGCCGAGUUCGUUCGCGAAACGUAUCCCAGUGAUGACGUCCAGCAUGGAACCGUGACGGAUAAUUCCGAUGACCUUCAGCGUCAUCUUGGAAACCGUCAGAUUCAGCUCAUCGCCAUUGGAGGGAGUAUUGGUACUGCGCUCUUCGUAUCCAUAGGCGGAGCACUGAAUAAAGGCGGUCCUCUUGGGCUCCUGCUCGCUUACACCGGCUACUCUUGUAUCAUUGCUCUGGUCAAUAACUGCAUGGCGGAAAUGGCAUCCUUUAUGCCCGUUUCUGGCGGGUUUAUCCGUCUGGCUGGCCACUGGGUUGACGAAGCUCACGGCUUCAUGGCUGGCUGGAACUUCUUCCUCUACGAGGCAUUGCUGAUUCCCUUUGAGAUUACGGCGCUCAAUAUUGUCCUAAGGUUCUGGAGAGAUGAUAUUCCAGUCGCAGCUGUCUGUGCAGCCGUCAUCGUGCUAUACGCUGCUUGCAACAUUCUUGCUGUGAGGGCAUACGGAGAGGCUGAGUUCUGGCUCUCUGGUGGCAAGGUACUUUUGAUUUUGAUCCUGUACGCAUUCACCUUCAUCACCAUGGUUGGUGGCAACCCCCAGAAAGAUGCAUACGGCUUCCGUUACUGGCGUAAUCCGGGACCAAUGAAUUCCCAUGGCGAGAGCAAUGCAGAUCUUGGACGAUUUGAAGGUUUCUUGGGCUCCUUGUGGGCGGCCUCCUUCUGCGUCGUUGGCCCAGAAUACAUCUCCAUGGUUGCCGGCGAGGCUAGGCGUCCACGCGUUUACAUCAAGAAUGCCUUCAAAACCGUCUACUGGCGGUUCGGUGCCUUCUUCAUCCUCGGCGCUCUCUGUGUCGGCAUUGUCUUGGCCUACAACGACCCCCAGCUCGUCCAGGUCCUGGAGGCUGGUGAGAGCAGUGCCGCGGCUUCUCCCUACGUCAUCGCCAUGCGCAACUUGAAGAUUGGUGGUCUUCCCCAUCUGGUCAACGCUCUCCUCAUCACCAGUAUCUUUUCAGCCGGCAACACGUACACCUACUGCGCUACACGUAGUCUGUACUCGCUUGCCAUUGAAGGCCGUGCGCCACGAUUCCUCCGCAAGUGUACCAAGAAUGGUGUUCCGAUCUACUGCUUCCUCGUCGUCAUGGUCUUCCCAUUCCUCUCCUUUCUCCAGUUGUCCGACGACUCUGCCAAGGUAUUGACAUGGCUUACCAACAUCAUCACCGCUGGUGGGGUGAUCAACUACAUUGUCAUGUGCAGCACGUACAUUGCCUUUUACAAGGCGUGCAAGGCCCAGGGACUCGACCGCAACACUCUGCCGUACACGGGUUGGUUCCAGCCCUAUGGAGCCUACAUUGCGCUCUGCUUUGAAAUCACCGUCGUCUUCGUUUAUGGGUAUUCGACCUUCAAGCCUGGCAACUUCACCCUCGAGUCCUUUUUCACUUAUUACACAAUGGUUGGGCUUGCGCCGAUUCUCUUCAUCUUUUGGAAAGUAUUCAAGAGGACCAAGUGGAUCAAGCCGCAUGAGGUUGACCUUGUGUGGGACGCUCCUUUGAUCGAUGCGUACGAGGCUAGCUUCAUCACGCCCCCAGUGGGAUUCUGGACUGAAAUGCUCCAACUCGUCGGCUUCAAGCGCCAUGUUCCUGUAGACAAGCGUGCAGAGUAA